CUGGCUAAAACACAGCGAAAACAGAGUAGAACAGCGAGCAUGAGUGAUUCUCCGGGAGACAAUUCGCAUCAUCGACGCGAAGAAGAAGGCCAGAAGAUGACGAUCCAGAAUCGGCUCUGCGACUUCUGUGGAGAUUCCAUGGCUCUAUUGUACUGCAGAGCCGACUCUGCAAAGCUCUGUCUCUCCUGCGACCGGGAGGUCCACUCCACCAACCAGCUGUUCACCAAGCACACACGCUCACGCCUCUGUGACGUCUGUGAUGCCUCGCCUGCCUCGAUUCUCUGCUCCACCGACAACCUCGUUCUCUGCCAGAACUGUGAUUGGGCAAAGCACGGCCGUUCUUUGUCGUCGGCGCAUGAUCGAAGGCCUCUGGAGGGGUUCUCUGGGCAACCUUCGGUGACGGAGUUGUUGGCGUUUGUUGGGUUUGAAGAUUUGGGGAAGAAAUCUUUGUUUUGUGGAGAUGAGAAUGAGGUUAAUGAGUUUUUGGGGUGUGGGGUUUAUGAAUCGGUGGGUGUGGAUGAAGAGUUUUCAGAUUUCCUGGUUUGGGACACUCCUGCUGUUGUUAAUCUUGAUGAUUUGAUUGUUUCAACUGCUUGUGAUCACAACUUUCAGGCUAUGGGGGUUCCACCUCUGCCCAAGAACCGUGGCGCUCCUUGCGGGCAACACAAAGCAGAAAUAAUUCAUCAGCUUCGCCAAUUGGCAAAGACCGAACUGAGUUUUGAUUUUGAUCAUGGAGAUGCUAAACCGCCUAUUGGCUUCCAGUCCCAUAUACCCAAACAGCUCACUCAGAAAGAAAAUGAAUGUAACAGUUGUGACCAUGAGGUGGAGUUUGUUUUUCCUACCUAUGAGGCAAGUGCAUUUCAGUGGUGCAGUGAUGGCAGUGAGGCUGCAAAUCAAGUUCUCCCAUCUGUACUAUUAGGAAGUUGUGCUGACGAAAAGUGUUUGGUUCCCAGGAAACAUUCAGAUAUCGGUGGUAGUGUAAGCCAUACCAAUGGUAGUGAUGAAGGGAAAUCAGAGUGUCCUGUUGUUACAAAAACAUUACCAGCCCUUCCUAAAGUUUCUGUGCAUGAGCUAAACAGCCAGGAAAGAGACUCUGCAAUUUCACGGUACAAGGAGAAGAAGAAAACUAGAAGAUAUGAGAAGCACAUCAGGUACGAGUCGCGGAAGGCUCGAGCAGAGAGCAGGAUACGAAUCAAGGGGCGUUUUGCUAAGAUGGAUCACUGAAAUUGCAGUAUGCAUCCAUGGCAUCAAACUGGUAGAAUUAGCUCUCAGUUUACACCACAUUGUUUCAAAAGAAAUGUAUGUUGGUCUUGUAUCAGUUGAGUUGAGUUGAAUUGUUUUGUUUUGUAUGAUAAUAGCCUUUUGAAGCUCCAGUUUGGUUGUCCAGUAGUUUCUUCCUUCAGUGAGAUAUGAAGUCUAGUGAUAUUUCUGCCAUUCUUCUUACAUUUUUUGAGCUAAAGCUUGGAUGAUUUUCUGUA